AUGAAAAUAACGCAAGAAGAGGAGCAAGAAGAAAUCCUUGUUGUGAAACAAACGAAAAUUAUUGAAAAAGCUGUGAAUAAUGAAGAGAACAUAUUUCACCCACACACUUUAACAGUAUUAGUUGUCGUAUUGGGAUUAAUGUUUUAUGCUGCGACCAGAUCAAAUUAUGAAAAUACAGAAGAAAGCAUCCGAUUGGGUAUUUUAGCUGCUAUUGUCUGCUUUGUCCUUAUUGGCAUGGUUCAUUUUCCAGAUGGUCCCUUUGUUCGCCCAAGUAAACCUGUCUGGAGGGCUGCGCUUAGUUUGAGUGUACUAUAUCAACUCUUUCUCGUAUUCUUAUUAUUUUUGAACAAAGACGAUGCAAGACAGUUUAUGAAGUAUUAUGAUCCAGAAUUAGGGGUGGUGUUACCGGAAAGAUCUUAUGCUGAAGCUUGUGACUUAUCAUGGGAUAAUAUAAAGAACCAAAUGGACUUGUUCGUUGUUGCUCAUACCUUGGGCUGGUUUGGCAAGGCGUUAAUUCUCCGUGAUUACUGGUUUUGUUGGAUCAUCUCUAUCGCAUUUGAAUUAUGUGAAUAUUCUUUACAGCAUCAGUUGAACAAUUUUGCAGAAUGCUGGUGGGAUCAUUGGAUACUUGAUGUAUUGUUAUGUAAUUGGCUUGGUAUUCAUAUCGGUAUGAAGUUUUGUCAGUACUUUUCAUGCAAGGUAACCGAUAAAGAGUACUCCUGGGUAGGAUUCAGACAAAUCAAGUCUUUGCGUGGAAAAGCAAAGCGUGCAGUACAGCAGUUUACACCAAAAGAAUGGACUCGAUAUGAAUGGAAAACGACUAGUUCUCCAAAGAAUUACUUUGGCACAGUCUUACUCUUGAUUAUCUUCCUUCAAUGUGAAUUGAAUUGCUUUUAUCUCAAGUCAUUAUUGUGGAUACCGCCUGAGCAUCCACUUAAUACCUAUCGUUUGAUUUUGCUGUUCUUCUUUGCAUUACCUGGAGCAAGAGAAGUGUACCAAUACAUAUCCGAUAACAGCACAAAGAGACUAGGUGCUCAUGCUUGGCUAUUGAUAUUUAAUAUCAUGACAGAAACUCUCAUUUGCCUAAAGUUUUCAGAAAAUGAAUUCCAUGAGUCAGCACCACUGAUUGUCAAGGUUGGAUGGUCCACUGCGUUUAUUAUCUUAUUUAUCAUAUUCCCCUUAUGGAGAUUUGUUAUUUCCCCAGCCAAGAAAACCGAAGCAGCGAUUACAAUAGAAGAGAUAAAGAAGAGCAACUAA